AAUACUCCAUAGAACUUAAUAGACCUUUUGCACUCGCCCCACCUUCACUUGAGUCGAACCACCGCCGCUUCUCGCUCUUUCCCUCGCCGUUGGCCGCCUUGGCUUCCAAUUCAGGCAUAUUUCUUUCCCAAAGUUUUGGGAGAAUGGCAAGAUCUUUAGCUAGUAUUCUUUACAAAGGCAUUGCUGCAGUUCCAGCUGCUAGCUCAACUGUAUCAGGAUCCUUCUAUCAGCGUAUAAAUCGUUUUUCCACUUCUGUGCCCAGUGAUUCUGAUACACAUGAAGACUUCAGACCCACGACUAAAGUUACUUCUGACAUCUCCUUGAAGGACAUUGUUGAGCAGGAUAUCAAAGAAAACCCUGUGAUGAUAUACAUGAAAGGGGUGCCAGAACUCCCUCGGUGUGGAUUCAGUGCACUAGCAGUGAGGGUUUUAAGAGAAUAUAAUGUUCCUCUAGGUUCAAGGAAUAUAUUAGAAGACCUCGAGCUAAAGAAUGCUGUAAAAUCCUUCAGCCACUGGCCGACAUUCCCUCAGAUAUUCAUCAAUGGGGAGUUUGUUGGAGGAUCUGAUAUCAUUCUUAACAUGCAUCAGACUGGUGAAUUGAAGGAAAAACUGAAAGCUGAUACAGAAAAACAGCAAUAAAAACAGAUUUAUAUGCAGUUGCUUGGUGACGGGGUGAUCCUUUCCCUCUUUCUCCGAUUAUAUUUGCUGCUCGGGACAUGGCAAAUAAUGAAACUAGAUAUUCAUGGCAUUGUCCAAUAAUGGAAUUGGUUUUCUUUCCUUGCCUUGUUUUUCAACUCUUAAUUUUCUUUCCGUCGGUGGAAAAUAGUCUCAUAUUUUUAUUUUGAUUUAUUUUUGGAAAUUAUCUCACAAUAUAGUAUCCUUGUACAUCGACUUAUUUACAAUUUAUAUUUCACCCACCAGUAAAACAUUUUUUUUC